CUUCUUCCAUGGUUGCAUUUCCUGAUCACCCACCGAUCCAUCCAUUUUUAUAGAUCUCUUUCAAUUUUCUUUUAUACUUCUCUCUCUGCUUCCUCUCUCUCUAUCUCUCUCUCUCUCUCUCUCUCUGACUGUUGAUGAAGAAAUGAGAGAUAGAAUGGAAAGGUUUGUUGUUCUUCCUUUCUCUGUUGGCUGUAUCUCCGAAGCCAGUGUUGCAGUAUCUGUUCAACAGCCUAGACGAUCGAAACCAGUCACAAACCUAUCCGCAAUAAGAAGUAAAGAAGAAGAUGAUUUGGAAGGCUUGUCAAGUGAAAGCAUGAAGAACUCAUUCAGGUUCAAUAGAUUGUUCAAGGGCUUCAAGAACAUCUCUCAAUUGUUUGUGUACAAGGAAGACUUGGAAGAACUGGAGAUGGAGAUGGAAAUAGGGUGUCCAACAGAUGUAAAGCAUGUUACACACAUAGGAUGGGAUGCUUCUGAAAGUACUGCAAGCCCCAUGAUGGGCUGGGAGAAUCUCAUUCCUCCUGAGUUUCGGUCUCUCUCUUCUGCUAAUUCUUUCAAGCAGUUCGAGUUUUCCACGCCGGGGCCGCAAGCUGAUGCAAGUACUCUUGUUAAUGGUUCCAGUUCUUGAGUUUCAUGUCAAGUUGGUUAUGGUGAAUUAAUGAUGUUCUAAAACAUCAAGACAUUGAUGAUGAUGUUAAUAUGAAAUGAUCAUAGGUACGUAUGUAUUUAAAAGUAAACAGUUUGGGAUCAUCA